UAUAAAUGUAGGCAGUUUACUUAACCAGCCUAAGCCUUGACUUCCUCAGCUUUAAAAUGGGGAUAAUAGGGGUUUGUGCGUGCACCUCAGUGGUGGCAGGGGCAGCCUGCGAAGGUGUCAUGGCUGCUGCCACCAAGCUUAGACGCCCGAGCAGCGGUGACAGAAGCCUGGAGCAAAGCUGCAGCCCCAACCUCUCUCAAGAGAUGCUUUGCAAAAUCUUUUGCUUCCUGCAAACCCUGGCUGGAGAACUUAAUUGUGUAAUUUUUGUGAUCCUCAGAGAUGAUGUGGUGAAAACUGUCAUCGAUUGGAACAAGCUCCACAGCCUCUUGGCAUUCCAGCCUGCAUUGCUCCUUAAUGCACUUGAGCAACAUGUUUUAUAUUUACAGCCUUUUCUAGCAAAACUCCAGCCUCUGAUUAAAAAGGAGACUACAACUGCCAUUGAAGAGACAGGAAAAACAGAAACGGGGAACAAGAGUGAAUUAAAUGCCACAUUUCCCAAUGGCGACCUACAAGAGGAAGAAAAGCACGAAGAUUGUGAUUUAGGAGAUGUGAAAAAGAAACAGAUCCAUUUUGAUCCAGAAAUAGUUCAAAUAAAGGCUGGAAAAGCAGAAAUUGACAGAGAAAUACCUGCAUUUAUUGAAAGAAAGAAAGCCAAAAUCAGUAAAAACAAUGUCAUAGAAUUUUGCAAUGUUAUUGAUGGUAAUCAAGAAAAUAGUUGUGUAAGAACUGAUGCUGUUUUUACCCCUUACCCUGAACUUGAAAGUCACGUAAAGGUUUCUAGAGUUGUGAAUACAGGUGGACCACAGUCUAGACCUGAAGGAAUUCAAGGGUCAGGUCAUAAACCUAACAGCAUGCUUCAAGAUUGUGGUAAUCAGGCUGUAGAAGAACAACUACAAAAUAUUGAGUCUCACUAGUUGCAAACAGGUACUCCAGUGCCAAGAGAUACUUAUCAGAGAAUGAAAAAUCUUGAGGAUAAAAUCCUUGAAUUGGAAGGCAUUUCUCCUGAAUAUUUUCAAUCUAUAAACUUUUCUGGAAAAAGAAGAAAAGUUCAACCACCUGAACAGAACUAUUCACUAGUUGAACUUAACGAGAAAAUUAGCACCCUCAAACAAGCCCUGCUCAGAAAAUCAAGAGAAGCAGAAUCCAGGGCAACUCACCAUCUUCCAUGAAAACCUCUUCUUGUCAUUUUGCUUUUUUUAUAUACAUGUGUAACUGACAUUGUAAUUAAUUAAACAGAUAUAUACUUAUCAAUGUAAAGAAAAAUAAA